GCACAUCUCGACCGGAGCGAGAGAGGAGGUCAAAUUUCAAUUAGAUUGCGAUAAGAAUUGAACAAUUAUGGAACACGAAUUCGUGCCCAAAAGUCCGACGUCCACGCUCUGUGAAGACGAGAGUGACGAUGGUAACAACGCAAAGUUCUUGGGUCCAAUCCAUCCGCCAACACCUUUCACUGGUGGUCAUCCAUUUAAUGGGAACGCCAAUGUAAGCAUAUCGCCGUUACUUCUGGCAACGCCGCCACUCUCCCCACUGGACAUGAGUGUCCAGAACCCGAAUAUGCCAAUGGCCUCGGCGAUGCUGUCCUCGAAUUAUUCGUCGCUAUAUCCACCAACUGGCUAUAUACGGAUCAUACCUUGCUUUGUGUGCAGCCAGCUCUUCACUGACAUUGUGCCACUGAGCAAGCACUUGCAAAUGCAUGCCACGCAAAUAUUGCACAUGAAUUCUACGAAUGCUCCAACACCAGCCACAAUUGAAAAGAACAGCUUAAAUUUGGGACUACCUACAGCUAUGUCUACUCCAGUUCUUCCCGCUCCAGUUAAUCCUAUUCCAGCGACGAGUGAUGAAAGCCCCCCAAACGCAUCGCCUUUCAAAUGCGAUUACUGUCGCAAGGUGUUUAAGAACUCGAUGUCGCACAGGGUACAUCAGAGGCUGCAUCGCCUGCCAUCGCUAAGCGAGGAUAGGUUGGGGUACAAGAGGCAAUUCAAGUGCCACAUUUGCAGAAAAAGCUACGUGCGAGAGACCUUUCUGCAGAAGCACAUUGAAGCAAAGCACAGCCGAUUUUUGGGACCUGUGCGGCAGCUUCCCACCCAGGUGGAGUCACAGGGUCAUCUGGCGGCAAUACCAGGGCCUGCGUCGCCACCGCCGGCGAACGCUGAUAUUGAGCCAAAGAAAAUCUAUACUACCAGAUUGGCAAAUGCCGUUGCAGCGGCUGCAUACAAUCCAGCAAGAGAAACAGCCUCGAAAUACAUUCCGCCAACGGUAGUUGGCCAUCAGCAGGUGGAUUCCUACUCACAACUACCACCGCAGCAGAAAUAUGUCCCUCGUUCGCCCUACUUUAAUCCGAAUCUGUGGUUUUACGAGGAUUACGUAUAAUUCCUAAUAAUUUUGUUUCUUAUCGCAAGCGAGAGAGCAACCCGUAAUUCGCAGCUAGGCUGUUUAAAACAUCUAAGUGCUCUUAAUUGAUGCAUAUAUGUAUCAAAUACAUAUACAGAUAAGAACGUAAUGAUUUGAUGAAAAGCUGAUAAUAAGAAGCAAAAACAUUUGAACCGAGUUCAAGCAAUAACAAAUAUCAAACGUUUUAAGCUCACAAAUGUCACAAGUUGUUAUUCUUUCAAUCCCUACUGUUAUAUACAAUCUGAUGUAUAUAAUAAGUGAACCAAAGAAGCUGAGUUGGCAACAUGCCUGACUGGGAAAAACCUGAUUGCUGAUAAUGCUUUUAUGGCAUAGCAAUUCCGCUUGGGAUUUGGUAAACGGCGACCUGACCAAAUAAUAAACAAACUGCUCGAAUCCAAAAAUGAAAUUUAAUCGGGUUUCGGCGCUCAUAUAAACAUCUGUAUUAUUGAAUUCGCUUCAGUUGAACAAACGACAAGCUCUCGAUCAAUUUACAUUGAAUGGUGGAACUGUUUUGUGAUGGCUUAGUAAGUAAAGUUAAGUUAAUUUAUUUUUUGGUUUUAUUGUUAACGAAUUAAUGAUAUGAAGUAAAGAAUAUAAGUUUUUAUUUAACAA